AUGCGGCUCUUGCGGUACAGUGAAAGGGGAGAGCUUAGCAUCCACAGCUUCGACGAUGGCGACAUACCCCCCUACGCGAUACUCUCACACACCUGGGGCGCAGAUGACGACGAGGUGACCUUUGCGGACCUCCAGGCAGGCGGUGGCAAGACAAAGCUAGGCUAUAAGAAGAUCGUCUUCUGCGGAGAACAAGCACAGCAAGAUAAUCUACAAUACUUUUGGAUUGACACGUGUUGCAUUGACAAGGUCAACAAGGCUGAACUCGCCUUCUCUAUCCGAUCGAUGUUUCGCUGGUACCGUAACGCAACCAGAUGCUAUGCCUAUCUGUCAGAUGUUUGGAAGAGGAAGAGGAAAGCUUGUGAUAGAGCCAGUGAGCUUAGCUGGGAGCCUGCUUUUAAGCUAAGUCAGUGGUUUACGCGGGGCUGGACGUUUCAAGAGCUUCUCGCUCCUACCAUAGUCGAGUUCUUCUCGCAAGAAGGAGAGAGCCUUGGUAGCAAGACAUCCCUGCAGACGAUGAUUCACGAGAUAACUAACAUUCCGUCCGAAGUGCUCAACGGGACCCCACUCUCUCGAUUCAGCGUCAACGAGCGGUUAAGGUGGGCAGAAGGACGGACGACUAGGCGCGUCGAGGACAGAGCAUACUGCUUACAAGGCAUCCUUAAUGUUGAGCUAGCGCCGGUAUAUGGCGAGGGCGAGGCCGGCGCAUUCAAGCGUUUGACAGGCGAGGUCGACAAGUUGGAACGAUGCAUUCAAGACAUACGCCAAACAGAUCCCUGCGACGACAAGAAGCGCAUUGAGGACACCAAAGGUGGACUACUAGCAGACUCCUACCGUUGGAUUCUUGACAACACCACAUUCAAGCAGUGGUAUGAUGACCAACACAGCCGACUGCUCUGGGUGAAAGGCGAUCCUGGUAAAGGCAAGACAAUGCUGUUGUGUGGUAUUAUCGACGAACUGCAAAACUCUUUACCUCAGACUGCCCUUCUAUCGUACUUCUUCUGCCAAGCGACAGACUCGCGUAUCAAUAGUGCCACAGCUGUGCUGCGGGGCUUGUUGUAUAUGCUCGUGGACCAGCAACCAUUACUUGCAGUUCAUGUUCGCAAGAAGCACGAUCGCGCAGGCAGAAAUCUGUUCAAUGACGCUAACGCCUGGGUCGCCCUAACGGAGAUCUUUCCCGCCGUACUACAAGAUGUAAGCCUUGGCACAACGUACCUAAUUAUUGACGCGCUCGACGAAUGCGUAACAGACUUAUCAAAGUUGCUCCGCUUUAUCGAAAAGCAGUCAUCUACGUUCUCUCGCCUAGCGCAAGAGAAGCGCUACACGCCAGUAGUGCAAUAUGCGGUGCUUCAGCACUUGACAUCCAACGCGAACGACACCUUUCUCUGGGUCGCGUUGGUGUGUCAAGACCUUAAAGUGACGCCAAAGUGGAACGUGCUCAAGAAGCUUGCCCAGUUCCCGCCUGGGCUGGACUCUUUGUACAGUCGGAUGCUGCAGCAGAUAAGUGAAUCUGGUAGCGCAGAUAUGUGUAUGCGGGUGCUAGCAGUGACUGCUGUCCUGUAUCGACCCGUCACAGUCGCUGAGCUAGUUGUGCUCACUGAGCAGCUUAUAGACUUUGUUGAUGACCUAGACUCUGUGCAUGAGAUUAUCGGUCUAUGCGGAUCGUUUCUCACGCUACGCGAUGACAUAGUCUACUUUGUGCACCAGUCAGCUAAGGACUUCCUCACAAAAGCGUCAAACGAGGUCUUUCCAGAUGGUAUAGAACAUGUCCAUCAAACCAUUUUUGCAAAAUCACUUACUAUUCUGCAUAAAGAACUUUAUAGAGAUAUGUAUAACCUUCAAGCGCCAGAAUGUUUUAUAGGGGACGUUAGGCCCCCUCAUAAUAAUCCUCUAGCUGUAUCGCGCUACCCAUGUGUGUACUGGAUUGACCACUUCUGCGACUCAAAAUACAAGACACCAGCAUAUAGCGCUACUAUAUGCACGUUUCUUGAGCAGCAAUAUCUCUACUGGCUAGAAGCGCUCAGCUUGUGCAAAAGCAUGGCCAAAGGGGUGGUCUCAAUGACAAAACUGUGGCAUGCAGUCCAGGAACUUGGAGACACAUAUGCAUUAAAUGAUAUUGUGUAUGACGCACGACGUUUUAUUAUGUAUCAUAAAGAGACAAUCGAGAACUAUCGUUUACAAGCCUAUGCAUCUGCUCUGCUGUUCAGUCCAGCAGACAGCAUAGUAAGAAGGCUGUUUCAGCACGAAGCGCUAAGGGGAGUAACCGUUAAGCCAGCUAUAAGCAACGGCUGGAGUGUGUGCCUGCAAACACUCGGAGACCAUGGAAGUGCUGUUGCCUCAGUGGCGUUCUCGCACGACUCGACCCGGUUAGCAUCAGCGUUAGGCGAUACGACUAUCAAGAUCUGGGACGCAAACAGCUGGACAUGUAUGCACACACUCGAGGGCCAUAACGGUGUUGUUUACUCGGUAGCCUUCUCGCAUGACUCGACUCGGCUAGCGUCAGCAUCAAGCGACAGGACUGUCAAGAUCUGGGACAUGCGCAGCAGGACAUGUGUGGAGACGCUUGAAAGCCAUGACGGUGAUGUUUUAUCAGUGGCCUUCUCGCAUGACUCGACCCAGUUAGCAUCAGCCUUCGACAUCGGUAUACCUCUCUCACACAUGUCUUUCGAUUCUACUGGUACUUUGCUCCAUACAGAAGUAGGCACUAUCACUACAUCUAGCUCCCAGAUUACGGACCGUAUCGGCGUUGCAGCAUCAAAACUACAAUACCAGGGUGCUGGUAUAAGUCUAGAUCGCAACUGGGUUGUGUGCAAUGGUAGGAGUGUAUUAUGGAUACCCUUCGAGUAUCGACCAUCAAGCUUGGCUGUGAGUGAAACCCAAGUAGGGAUGGGAGUAGGAUCAGGAAGAGUCUGGCUUUGUCAAGUGGUCUAG